AUGGAAGAAUCACCUAUAUGGAUGGAUUGUAGCAUAACUGAACAAUGCAAAGCUAUUGAAGUUUCUAUUGGUGAUGGUCUAGAGCUGGCCAGGCUUGCUGGUUCUCGUGCACAUGAAAGAUAUUUCAAUGAAAAAAGCAGCUCUCCAGAAACAAAUACUUUCUCUGUUUCUUGCCUUUGUUCUGUUUCUAAGAAGACUCCUUUCACUGCACUAGCACCACCAGUCUUCAAAGGUGAAGGAUAUCAUGUCAUGUCAGCAAGAAUGGAGAAACACAUGGAGGCAAAUGAUCUGUGGGAAGCUGUUGAGGAGGACUAUGAAGUUACUCCCUUGCCUGAAAAUCCAACCAUGGCGAUUAUGACAUUGAAAUUGGCUUUUGAGGUCUGGAAUUUCUUAAAGAAAGAAUAUGAAGGAGAUAAACGGAUCAAAGGUAUACGUACUCUUAACUUGAUCCGAGAAUUUGAACUUCAGAAGAUGCAGGAUUCAGAGACAAUCAAAGAGUAUUCUGAUAGAUUACUCAACAUUGGAAACAAUGCACAGGAACAGAGAAGACUAAUGAGGGGAACGAAACGUGAUUUUCCUCCUUGCAAGCAUUAUGGAAAGAAGAGUCAUCCACCGUUCAAAUGCUGGAGAAGGCCAGACCAGCAGUAUGAAAAAUGUCAGCAGAUGGUAGAUCAUCAGAAGGUUUUCAAAAACACUCAGCAAACUAAUGCUGCACAACUAGCUAAUCAGGAAGAUGAAGAGAAACUCUUUGUAGCGACAUGUUUGGAAACUAGCUGCUCGAGUGACAAGUGGUUUAUUUACAGUGGUUGCACAAACCACAUGACUUUUGAUCGUGAUUUUUUCAAGGAGUUGGAUACUUCAGUAAUUUCCAAAGUACAAGUUGGUAAUGGAAACUACAUUCCUGCUGAAGGCAAAGGUACUGUGGAAAUGAAAUGCUCUUUAGGUACAAAACUUAUCAAAGAUGUGUUUUUUGUACCUAAUAUUAGUCAUAGUUUGUUGAGUGUCGGGCAGAUGCUUGAGAAUGGUUUCAAACUUCUCUUUGAAACCAAUUACUGUCAAAUCAAGGAUGAAGAUGGCAGAAACUUAUUCAAGGUAAUGAUGAAGGGAAGGAGCUUUACAUUGGAUCUUUUAGAUCAUGAGUAA